CGUGAUAUCAGGUGAGGCCGCCGCCACAUUCUGCAAUUUGCGCGUGGGCCGAGAUGGUCAAGUUCGGGAAGCGACUCGCCAUGAGCGUGAAUCCUCAAUGGGAAGGGCACUAUUUGGAGUACCGCCAAUUGAAGAAAGAGCUCAAGAAGCUCAGCACGUCGUCCUGUCAACACUCGGAUGCUGAAGCGUCGUUCUCGGCGUCGCCCUCGUCCGUGGUCGUGAUGACAGGACCUAAAGACGGACAUGCCCGCUUCCAGAAGAAACUCGACAGCGAAAUUGAAAAGAUCGUGCUGUUCUUCCUUACAAAACAAGGCGAGUUUGCAUCGCGGCUUUCGUCCUUUCGCCAGCAGCAACGCGCCACCGCGUCGUCGACCUCGACUGAGUCGGAACUCGACACGAUCCAUGCUCUUGCCAACGGAUACCGCGAAGUUGGCGAGGAACUCGUAAAGCUUCUCUACUAUGUGGAACUGAAUGCUACCGGGCUGCGCAAAAUCCUCAAAAAGCACGACAAGAAUCAUAAAGCCAAGAAGAUCACGGCCAACUAUAUCAACUCCCGCAUUGAGUCGAACGUGAGUCAUCUGCAGCAGCUGUAUCACGACGAAGGAAUCUCUGCAAUCAUCGCGUCCAUCCGCGCCGCACUCGAUGAAUUGCGGACGCUCCAGGUUCAAGUGUCGACGAGCAGCCAGGACACCCCGCCGUCGACGCUGUCGCGAUCCAUCAGUGAAGACGAGCCCAUUUUGAACCGCAUCACAAUUGCCCGCCAGCGAUUGCACCAGUCGACGCGAUAUGCCAAGACAAUUGCGGCACAGGCACUCAUCUUCGACUCGGACCUGUCUGACGAAGAGGAAGAGCUCAUGCUCAAGACACUGAAGCUGCAGAAACCGAGCCACAUAUCCCGCUUCCUCAACAUGUUCUCGACAUUUUUGUAUAUGACCAACUACUACAUCGUGGCACCGACAUCUGGCGAAUACGCCACGCUUCUCGGGGGGACGGCGGCGCUGUCUGGGAUCAUCGUUGGCAUGACGCCUGUGGCCUCGAUGCUCUCUGCUGUGCUGUACUCGUGGUGGGCCAACAAGUCGUUCCGCCACCCGUUGCUCUUUUCCUCCGUCUGCCUCGUCCUCGGCAAUUUCCUCUAUGCAAUUGCGCUGUCGUACAACUCGAUCACGAUGGUGUUGAUUGGCCGUGUGCUCAACGGGCUCGGCGGUGCCCGCAGCAUCAAUCGACGAUACAUCGCAGACAACUAUUCACGCGAAGAGCGCACGGGCGCGUCGGCUCAGUUUGUGACGUACUCGGCCCUCGGGAUGUCGGCAGGACCGGCGAUGGCCGCUGUCUUGAACUACAUCCCUGACAACUGGCGCAUCUUUGGUUACCUCAUCACGGUGGAGACGUCACCUGGCUGGCUCAUGUUUGUCGUCUGGUCCGUGUACUGCGUGGCCACUCUUGCGUUUUUCCAAGAGCCAAACCAUGAAGCACGCGACAAGGUCAACAGCGCUCGGUCGAAAUCGGCAGCGCUCGAAAGCGGCGUGGCGCCAGACGAAUCGACACCCCUUACGGCGCAACCCGCAGCCCCCAGCCUCGGCUCUCUCUGGUCCAAUGUGCCCGUUGUGGCGACCCUCAUCAUUUACGUUGUGCUCAAGCUGGUGCUCGAAAUUCUCAUCACGUCGGCGACGACUAUUGUGGACUGGUACUUUGAAUGGUCUUCGACCUCGGCCGGCAUCUUCCUCGCCUUUCUCGGCCUCCUCAUGUUUCCUGCCAACGUCCUCGUGGGCUACCUGAGCUAUCGCUACGUGGACGGCGAGCUCAUUUUGUACUCUGAAGUGCUGCUUUUGGUCGGCAUCGUCGGCAUCAUUUGCUACUCUGCCACGUACACCGUGGUUCAAUACGUGUUUGGUGCCGUCAUGAUCUACGUCUUUUCAAACGUUUUGGAGGGCGUGAAUAUGAGUCUGCUCAGCAAGACGAUCCCCAAGUCGUUCGCACGCGGGACGUUCAACUCGGGGCUUCUCGCGACUGAAGCCGGGACCCUCGGGCGAGCGCUCGGCGACGGCGCCGUCAGUCUGGCGGGUAUGCACGGCAUCCAAUAUGUCCUCAACGAUACGUUUAUUCCCAUGGCCGUGAUUGCGCUCGUCACGAUCGCUUAUACGAUCCGCGUGUACCCGCACUUGAUCCACAGCAGCUACGACGUCUAACGAUCGAUGUUAAAUGACUGUGGAGUUGCUCUGAAGCCAUCGCGUCGCUCGACGUUGGACUGCGAGAUGCGGCAACGAUAUGGGGUGCUUCCGUCGGCCAUGACCCUGGCAUUUGUCCGAGCGACUUAGCCACAGCAGUCACCGCGGCUGUACGAGUACGUGGAUUUCUUUUCGAGUCGGAUGUGGCUCUUGGUCAGUUCAAACUUGUUGCUUGCGAUCAUGCCAAACACCUUUGGCGAGUACACCCAGGUUCGGA